CCUUACACAGUACCAGCCAUUCAAACAUAGCCUCUGACUCAUCAUGCCGAGGUGGGGGAUCUAUGAUUCUGAUUCUGAUUCUGAUGACGACCAGCCUGCUCCACCACCUUCGAGAAAAUUGUUCGGCCACCGGAGAUCUCUGCAUGCCGUCCUUGGAAGAGGGCGUGUUGCUGACAUACUGCUGUGGAAGAACAAGUAUUUAUCAGCAGGGAUUCUAAUUGGUUUCACGGUUGUAUGGUUUCUCAUUGAAGUUGUGGAGUAUCAUGUUGUUACUCUUCUUUGCCAUUUGCUCAUGCUUUUUAUGGCCAUUCUCUUCAUUUGGUCUAACGCUGCUGGAUUCAUCAAAAGAAAUCCUCCUGAUAUCGAUGACAUAGAGUUGGCAGAAACCACACUGAGAUUCCUCUUUCAGCAAAUCAACCAAUUUUUAUCAAAAUUAUACUAUAUUUCAAGUGGGAAAGAUCCAAAAACUUUCUUUGUGACCAUAGCUUGUCUCUGGAUAUUGUCAGCUUUUGGGUCUUUAUGCAGCACUCUGACUCUUUUAUAUAUUGUGUUUCUGUGCUUGGCAACAUUGCCAGCUUUGUAUGAGCGACAUGAAGAGAAGGUAGAUCAUUAUGCUGGAAGAAGCAGCCAAGAAAUGAAGAACCUGUUUGAAAAUUUUAAUAAAAGAGUUCUUGACAAGAUCCCAAGAGGACCAACAAAAGACAAAAAGUUGGCGUAAAAUUGGAAUUUCUUGACCUGGAAAUGGCUUUCAGAUUGCAGAAAAUUUUCUCCGGGGACCUGACCUCAGCUUGGAAAUUGAAGCUUUGUAUAGCAUAAGUUGUGAAAAUAUCAUAAACAAGACAUUCUUAAUAAUUACAAAUAAAAGCGAUAAAUAUAUAUCCUGCAAUAUGGAAAGUGUAUCUAAAAAGCUUAUAAGCGACGCAUUGCUUCCCUUCAACAUACCUUCAAUUCAAAAAAUUCUAAUAUCAUAUUAAAUUUAAAUUAUUUUUAAUUCUUUCAAAAAAUAAUUAAGAAGGAGAAAUCCCUAAAAUUCUUAUAAAGCACAUUACAUUUAUUUUUAAGAUAACGGGAUUCAAUAAUAUUAAAUAAAGAUAUGUUAGAAAAUUAUUAUUAUUUUAUUUAUUUACCUUUCUUUUCUCCUGUCUUCCCUGCUUAGUUCUUUUCUUUAUCCUAUAUCUUCCCUUCCUCUUCCUCUGCUCUGUUUUUUGGAUUUUGGUCACAACAAAAAUCCCACGGUGGAAGGUAAUUUAACCCAAAAUCUCCCUGGCAGUGUAAGAAAAAUACGCCUUUCGAAUCAAAUAUUUCAAAAAAAAAAAUUUAUUUUAAUUAUUUUUUAUUAAGUUUUUUAUUUAAAAUAGUUUUUUAUUUGAAAUAUUAAUGAAAAAUAUUUCUCAAUCAAAAGGGAGAGAGAAAAAAAAAAAGAGUGUCCAACAAUUGCCAUCAUUCCUAACUACCAUUAAAUCCACGUCAACAGACAUGCGACGUGCUUCUCUAGGCCUGAUCCAAAUGUUAAAUUAAUAUCAAAAUGAAUCGAGUGAAUAAUAAUCAAUUGAAUUUUUUUUUUUAUUAAAAACAAAAGGCAGCCUUUAUUUUCCUUUAAUUAAUUAGCAACAUAUGUCAACAAAGACAGCCUCAAAAUGGAUAGGGUUUGAGAAGGGAGGGAUUGGUAGUUAGCAUUUUCUUUUUAUUUAUUUUUUUCCCCCUUUCCAUAAAAGUCAAUGCAAAUCAAACAAUCCUUUGAUCUCUGUUAUUGGCUAUCAACACUCAAAAACAACUCCCGGCUUCUCCUAUCAAGAGAAAGACAGAGAUUGGAUAUGGUGAGGGAAUUGAAAGGAAGAAGCGGCGGCGGAGGAGAAGGGUUGAGCAGUGAAGCUUUACUCUUAUGGUGGGGAGCAAUAAUCACUCUAUCCAUCAUUACAGCUCUCAUUUUCUCCUGCGCAGGAGGUGCUUCCAAGGAUAAAGCCUCUGCUACGCAUACUGAUAAAUAUGGUUCUACAUGCGCAGGUGGGUGCGGUGGAGCUUGCGGUGCCUGAGCUCAUCUUCUCCACUCCAUGUGAACAAAUUCAGUUGUGGUAUAUCAAUAUAACAGUAGAAAUUUCUCUUUUGGACAUUUUGUAAGAGAAUUUCAUGUGGAGAUACUAGGUUGUUAAUGCAACAGUCAGUUGCAUAUGUCCGAAUUAAGUCGAGAGUUUGUUUUGGAUUUAGAUCUUUAGAUUAAGAUUGUACAUGUUCCAUCGUAUGUAGUUGCAUUUGUUAUCAGUGUAUUCAGGUCGAAACUAAGAUUUCUUAUCUCAAGAAGCUCUCUCUUUCGCCAGAAGAAUCAGAAUUUUGCUCUUCUUCUGCUUUA